CAAUUUUUAAUUGAAAUUUUAUAAAAAAAAGCAUAGUAAUAAAAUUAGAAAAUGAAUCACUAAUAGAUUUUAGAUAAGCAGAAAGUUAGGACAAGAGAUAAAUACUUACUGAAAGAAAAAUAUGAAAUAUAGCCAACUAAAAAGGUGAAAAAGGAAAGACCUAAAAAAUUCACUGAUUUGGAAUAAAAGUUGCAUGAUAUUUAAGAAUAAAAUAUGCCAAAUGUGGAUCCAAAUAAGUUGUUUGAUACUCUCAAAACUGCAGAUUUCUCAGAAUUUUUGAAGGAAGAUAGUUAAAGAUAAGAAUGCCCUAAUUGCAAAAAAAAGAGUAAAAUUUAUUGCGCUGAUUGUUUAACUGUCUUAUGCGAGCCCAGUUAGAUUCCAAAGGUUUAACUUCCUUUCAGACUAACAAUUGUUCAUCACGAUUAAGAAAAAACAAAAAAAAGUAGUGCUCUACCAGUCAAGUUAUUGAUAGAAAACAACGAAGAAAAUUGCAAAAUAAUUCAUUACCCAUCUCAUGAAAUACCUGAGUUUGAUCCUGACACUACUUUAAUUUUGUAUCCCCAUAAAGACUCAACUAGAACUUUAGAUUUAGAUUUAGAAACAAUGAAGCAAAUAAAAAAUGUAGUUGCUAUUGAUUGCACUUGGAACCAAACUAAUAGCAUAUUAAACAAUUUCACUAAUCCAAAGUACAAGUAUGUUAGAUUAGAAGAGUAUAAUACCACAUUUUGGAGAUACUAAUUCCACUAACCUAACUGCUUGGCAACAAUAGAAGCUAUUUACUACUUUUUCAAAGAAUUUGAUUGCAAUUUCUCUUCAAAAUAAAUCAGCUAAAACUAUGUAUACGAUGGCAAAUAUGAUAAUUUAAUGUUUUUUUAUCAUUGGUAAUAUGAAAUGAUUUAAAACCAUUAUAAGUAUAAAACAAGUAAUACCUUUAGGAAAAUUAAAGAUUAUAUUAAGUACAAUGAAAAUGAACAAAAAUAGGAAGUAUAAAAUGAAUAAAACAUUGAAUAAAAUUAGUAACAGUAAAAUAACGAAAAUAGUAAUACAGAAGGGAAAGACAACGAAUGA